AUGAAUUCAAUUGAUUUAUCGAGUAGUAACUCUGCCAAAGAGUAUUUAGGUCAUUUGGUUCCUUGUAAGAUUCGUUACAAUGGCCCUAGCGAUGAGUUUACUGAUAAUUUUAAUAUGGAUAACGAGGAAAUGGAAGUAUUGAAUAAUGAUGUUGCUGAUGAAUCCAAGCAAGUAUAUGUUAAUUAUAUUAGAGGACGCAAGAUUAUAGGUCAAGAUGUUCUACCUAUUUUCGGAGAAGGAUCUAAAGCAUUUUUAACUGAGAACGUGAUUAGUAGCGACGCUACAAUGGAGGAAGAAUUUGAUAAUACAGAAUCAAUUAAUGCUAAACCUAUUGCAACGUUGAACAAGUUGAUAAACUAUGAGCGUGAUGGGAAUGAAUCACGUUUGUCUUCAGAGUUACAAAAAUUUCAAGAAUACAUUGAAUUGAAUGAUAUUAUUCAUAAUAAUUAA